UCUCCUCUGCUGCCUCCUACACUGUGCAGCUCUCCACAAAGACAAGACACAACAUUUUAGAAAAGACUAAACAUGUAUAUAUCACACUGCUGAGUUUAGUAAGAAGGCUGGUGAUGUGCAGAAAAUAAUGCAAAGAUUUCUGUGGACUUUAUCCCUUUUCCAAGUUCUGAUAUGUGUGACAAUGAAGAGCAAGGCUGAAAGUGUUUUUACUGGAACAGAAGGAGGCAGUGUGGAUAUCUCCUGUCAAUACCCUGAUGGAUAUCAAUAUACACCCAUGUACUUCUGUCGUGAUCCAUGCUCUCCUUUUGAUGUACUAAUUAAAUCUGUGAAGGCUGAUACGGUCGUCUCUAAGGAAAGAUACUCUGCAGUAAACACUCUGUCUGCACGUAGCUUCUCUGUCACCAUCAGACACCUCACAUUAAAUGACUCUGGAGUUUAUUACUGUGGAAUGGAUACAUGGGGCAAAGACAAGUUAACUAUACUCCUACUGUGUCCACUCGUGAUCCAGUGUCGAGGCAGAAUCAAAGCCCUCACAAUGAUACCAAGUACUGCAUGUAGGACAUAAAUGCAUAAUUGCUACACUCCAACUAGUAAACUCCUUAUUAUGUUUCUGUUAACCAAUUAGAAACAUCAGCAAAGGAAUAGUUGGAUUAAUAAUUAGAUGCAAAUUCAAUCAUUGAAGAGUCAAGAGUAUUCACAUCAAGAGGGAGUGCACAAGAAUUUCUUAUAAAAAUGUGCAAUGUAGAUAUUUAUUUCUUAAUACUACUUCAUAUGAAAAGGUGUCACCCACAACUCAAACUAAACAUUAUCCCCAUGUUUU